UAAAUAUCCUGCAUAGCAAAACCUCAUGUCUCUCUCUUCCCUCAGUGCCACUACUGCUCCGACCUCCUGCAGUUUUGGUCUGAUAAGAUCAUGCUUUGAAUUCUCCGAAUUCUCCACCUGGAGUCAAGUGUUUAAUUCUUUGCCAAGAAGAGCAGGAGAAACUGAGGUGCAGAGGCAAGUGCCAGUAUGAGCUUGACAACACGCCAGCAUUUGUUCUUUCACAGUUUCACCAGUGUUAAACAUGGGAGCCACAUUUUGUUUCGUGAGUUCAGCUUCGUCCAAGCCACCCCCUACAACAGAGCUUCAUUUAUCCGAAUGUUCUGGCAAUGCUUUCGACAGAUCGGGAAGAAUGGAGAUCUACUGACUGUGUUGGAGUACCACUCCUUACUUCAGCUCAUUUGCCCUGACUUCCCGUUGGAUCUUGCCCAGAAAGCAGCAAGGAUUAUCCUAAUGGAUGAUGCAAUGGACUGCCCGAUGUCAUUUGUGGACUUUUUGUAUGCGUUCCAGAUCCAGUUCUAUUAUUGUGAAUUUCUUGGAAGCAUCGGUAUAGUCUACCAGGAUCUCCACAUGGGGAAGAACCCAAACACUGUGAUUGUGCCGACAUCUUCAAUUGAACAAUGCCAGUCCCCAACGAGUGAAACACCAACUCAAGAGGGGGUUGAUGCAGCUCACUUUUAUGACUGUCUGGAAACGCUCUGUGAUAGGUAUAGGUACAAGCACCCAUCAACUUUGUCCCUGAAGCAGAUCCUGAACAAAGUGAAAAGAGUGACAUUCUUCGGCUUUCUGAUGGCCAUUGUGAAGCACGAAGGGAUUAACGGCACUUUGGGGAUUGUGCCCAACAAGUUAGAGGUCUUCACCGAUUCAGAAAUGGACCAAGAACUGGAGAAAUUCAUUGAUCAGUUGCUCAAUACUCCAGCCACCAGUAGACCUACACACAAGGAACCCACCAGAAAGACCACUCACCGUAAGACCAUCACCCAUCGCAAAAAAGUCAACGUUGAGAGUGAUGGGUCAACAGAAGAAACCGAUUCCUCUGAAAAUUGACCCUUUCUGUUUUAUUAAUUAUUCAUUAUAAACCCUCAGUUGUGCAAUGUUUGAACCCCAUGCUGGACACGAAGACUCACUAUUCCUGCCAUUUCUCCUGAACCAGUGCUAGGUUGUCUCUUCUACAGGUACAGAUACAGGUACAGGUACAGGUAUAAGUACAGAUGCAGGUACAGAUACAGAUACAGCUCUAUCUGGGAUAACUCAACCCACUUCCCAUUGAACUUUACCCAAAUGAAAAGUUAGCAACAACCACUAGUUGAAUCCUUCUGGAGAUGGAAGGUUUGUAAAGAUGGCGUGGUGUUACGGCCAUUGUGCGGGGCCACUAAUCUGUUCUAUUCCUUGGCAGUGAGCUACACCUUCUUGAUAUGAGCACAAAGCAGAAAUGAUUUGUGUCCAUCUACUCUGCCUAUGGUUGAGGACAGAAAUCUCGGCUCAAUUUCCAGGAUGGGAUGAAAGGUCUUUUGACUGAUGUAGAGUCAUGGUGGAAUUAAUUUUCACUGUUUAAACCUAGAAACAGCGAUGAUGCAUCUCAGUCAAGUCUGUUCAAGAAUCAUCUAAAUAUGUUGUCCGUAUUGAAACAUAAUUUGUCUUUGGAUCCAUGGAAUUAGCAGAAAUGUAAAGAAAUUCUUGCCUGAUAACUAACUCAACCCCCCUGUGGUAUAAAUCAUUUUCAGCAGUACUAACCCACGUGUAUGAACAUCAUAGUCAAUAGUAACAGACUAAAUAAAUCAUUGAUGAGGACUUCAGAUUUACAAUUAUAACAACCUCCCACAAAAAAGAUUGAAAGCUUCCAAGAAAGUUGCGAGAUUCUCCCCGUAUAGUAUAAGCUACAAAAAUGACAUAGAAAACAUAGAAACUAGGUGCAGGAGUAGGCCAUUCAGCCCUCCGAGCCUGCACCGCCAUUCACUAAAAGAAUAACUUUAUUAAAUCAAUACUAAAUUUAAACAGAAUAAAAUUUAUCCAGUCAAUUAAUGCAGGCAAAUAGCAUUAGCUUUGUAUGCCAACUGGGAUGGCAUGGAAAAGGUGGGCCAAAGGGCCUGUUGCUGUGCUGUACAUCUACAGGACUCUAACACAGAGCUUCAUGUAUACAUAUUGUUUACCAGAACAUUGUUACCUUGUUCAAUGGUACAUAUCCUAAUGGUGAAUGCUGAGUUGAACAUAUCAACAACUGCUGUGUUAAGGGCUUGUCCCACUUGGGCGUCAUUUGCGCGACAUCCUAAAAAUUGGUUGGCGCGUGGUAACGUGCGUGAUGCGUGGCGAGGCGUGGCGGCGUAUGCUGUGACGCGCAAAUGACACCCAAGUGGGGCGGGCCCUUUAGAGGCAGCAGUAUUGAAUGCAUGUUCACUUCCCAAAGUUUCAGAUGAACUUGCCUUCUGCAGGGAAAACCCACAGCAUUGUAAAGGCGUCAUCUCUGCUCUCACAUCUUAGACUGAGCUCUUAAAUCAUCCUGAUCAUUGCUGGGUGUUUCUGCCGUAGAGCAGCGUAAGAUUUAGUUUAUAAUAAUGUUGCUUCAGGGGGGAAAAGAUCAUUGUAUCUCCCAGCCAUCUCCAAAAUACCAACACUGUCAUUGAAUAAUUCUCUUGGAUUAUCAUAAAGAGAACAACA